AUGGUCAAAAUUAUACGUAAAAUGAUACAAGAAGCAAAUUUACGCCAAGUAAUGCGUUCAAAAAUUGGAAAAAGGGUUAAUCUUCGAAAAUUCGUUCAUCAGUCUUUUGCAAAGCAUGAUACCAACACAGCUUUCUUAUAUCAAAGACCUGAGCAAAUUAAUUCUACAAAUAAUGAUUUGAUCCUGAAAAUUAAUACUAAUAUGUUAAAAUUUCCACAAUACAGGAAAAAUACCAUUAUAACUGUUGAUAAUAUACAGAAUGUUACUCAAGAUGAUAGUUCAUCCAUAAAUGAAAAUAUUUUUAACGAAAACGAACAAGAGAAUCAUUCUGAUGACCAUGAAAAUAGUAAUAAUAUUAGUGAUGAUGAUCAAAAAACUUACUUUCGUGAAUCGGAUGGAUGUUAUGAUAGUGAUGAUCAAGAAUCUUAUUUUUAUGAGUCGGAUAAUGAUGAUCAAGAAACUUAUUUUCAAGG